ACCCAUUGUCCAUGGUGAUCUUCUUCUCUCUCACUCGGACUCAGAUCCAAACCAGCGACGCGCUCCAUUAGCCGGCCGGCCGAUGAAUACAGCGUCGGCCGGGGCGGAGCAAUUGUGGAUUAAUCGCUAUUUGCUGCUUGAUACGCAGUAAGAUCGAACAAGACUUGCUGGGUACUGGUCGUCGUCUCGUCUGAGCAAAAACAAGACUUUCCGGAGGGGCAGCAAAAGGGGAAAAAUGAACACGGCAAAAAGAGCUCAUAUAUAAGAGGAGAUCGAUUCUAGCUCGGUGUAGUCAGCCAGCAGCAGCAGUCCAAGCGCAAAGAUGGCCGACCUUGCGUUUGGCAGCGUGGGUAGGAUCAUCGACAUCGCGCUGAAGAUCAAGGAGGCCGUGAAGAACGUGAAGCAGAACGAGAAAGAGUGCCGCGACAUCGAGAAGUGCGUGGCGAGAGUCACCGCUCUCAUCAAGCGCCUCGACGAGCUGACGGAGGCGAUGGAGGAGCGGAUGUGACGCGCGACGCGCUGGAAGAUUUGGCGGAGAGCCUCCAAGGCGCCCUGGAGCUGGUCACCAAGUGCCAGCGGAAGCACGUCGUCCGCCGCUUCAUCGGGGCUGGGGACAUGGCCAGGGAGCUGCGCCUGGUGCAGGACGACAUCUUGCGCAAAGUCACCAUAGGCUCCUUCGCAACCAAUGUAGUCCAGCUUGGAAUUACCUUGAUGACCAUUGCACAGGCUAGCGCUCCUGCUCCGCAUCCACAAAACAGAUCCGAGAAAGAUAAAACUAAGCUAUCAACAGGAUGUGGGGUGCCAUCUGAUCACUUAUCUGGGUUAAGGAAAUUUAAUUUGUCUGAAUUGGAGGUUGCUACACAGAACUUUUCUGUGGAAAAAUUGAUUGGUAGGGGUGGCUACGGUGCUGUUUUCAAGGGCGUAUUGCGCAAUGGACAAGUGGUUGCCAUAAAGGAUAUGAGAAUUUCUGUGGUUAAUGGUGGAGAUGAGGUCCUGCAUAAUGAAAUUAAGAUUGGUCGAAAGCUUCAGCACAGAAAUGUAGUUAAAACUCUGGGAUAUUGCAUCGACGACCAAAUGGUUUCGGUUUGGCAUGAGGGCCAAGAAGUGGAAGCAGUAAAACAACGUCGCCUUCUGGUCAAUGGAUACCUGCCAAACGGAAGUUUGAAUCGAACGAUUCUACAGGGGACACAAGGUAUUUGUUGGCCCUUCUGCUUUAGAAUACUUCAAGGGAUAGCGCAGGGCCUCCAUUACCUACAUGAGCAGAACAUACUCCACCUAGACCCGAAACCAGAAAACAUCAUCUUCGAUUCCGACAUGAAUCCUGUGAUCAUUGAUUUUGGAUUAUCAGUUGUGCUGGAUAAUGAGGAUGACAUCGUUACACUUGAACCAGUGGGCACAUUGGGAUAUAUGGCUCCAGAAUAUAUUAACAACGGUGUGGUGUCAAAGAAACAGGACGUGUUUGCUUUUGGUGUCGUCCUCCUUCAGACCAUUUUCCGAGGAUGCGCUAAAGUUGAUUUUCAAGACUACUACUACCGUGAUGCGGAUAGUAAAUGGGAUGGCGUACUGCAGCAAGAUGUGGACAAAAUCAAAGAAAUAUUCGAUCCCACACUCGUUGAAGAAUCUGAGUUAGCGGAUGUAGCGAGGUGCCUAAUGGUAGGGCUGCUGUGCAGAGAGUUUGAUCCGGCAGACCGUCCGACAAUGGCGGAGGUUCUCGACAUGCUAAACGGCGAGAAAGAGGUGCCAGCCCCAAAAGACAAACCAAUAUAGACUCAAAGCUCCAAUAAAUAUCUGUUCAAUUAUUAGCUAGUCGUGUUUGCUGACUCAUAUAUAUAGUGGGUUAUAUAACUUGGUCCUUCAUAUGACAGUUUAUACAAUGCAUGUUUUAAUAAUUUGCCUCCAGGUUGUAACUUAUCUUAUUUUGUGCCGCGCUACCCUCAUGUUUUGGCAGCAAGUCAUGUUUCUUGGGUUUUCUAAUGUGUUGCAUAAUAACUUACUCCUUUAUUAGCAGCUUAUGUAAUUCUUGUUUUGAUCCA